AUCCCAGACAACGCAACAAUCAAAGCCAUGGUCAGGAGAAGAUACAACAUCAGACCAUGCAACUUUCAGAUUCAAUCUGCAGUUGAGCAGCUUAAGUGCAGGGAUGUCAUUACUGUUGCACCCACUGGAGUGGGAAAGACAUUGAUGUUCUGGGUCCCUCUUCUAUUCACUGGCAAUGUGGUCAUGACUGUUAUUACAGCUUUGAAUAGCCUUGGAGACCAGAAUGUCAAGGAGUUGAAUAUGCUUGGUCUUACCUGCAUUAAUGUCACUGGACAGAACAUGAGUGAUGAAUUAUUCAAAGAAAUUGAGGACUUACAUUACAGAGUGGUUAUAAUCAGUCCAGAGCUUGUCAUAUUGUCAUAUCCC